AGUGCAGUUCUAAUAUACUUCCUUACAUCAAACACCGUCAACGGUGCGAUGGCGUUAAAGUUCACGUUUUUCUUAAUAGCAGCUGUUGGUGCUGCUAGUCUACAAGACUACCAUCAACAAAAUCAGCAACAACAACAGCAACAGAUCGAUCCUUGGGAUUUGAAACGAUAUGCUUCAGAGGCGCAGAACCAAAACGAUGAUCAAGCUGGCUACGAGUUCUCGUAUUCGGUAAACGAUCCAGUCACUGGUGAUCAAAAAAGCCAAGAAGAAUCACGCCGGAAUGGUCAAGUUCGUGGACAAUAUUCUUGGGUUGACGCUGACGGUAUUCGCCAAAUAGUUAACUACCAGGCCGAUGAUCGUACCGGAUUCAACGCUGAACAGCGUCGGGAGCCUGCCCUGCGACCGCGAUAUAAUCGAGUAUUGCAACUUGUUCCUGCCCAUACUGUAGCUCCUCUGUACACAAUAGACACAAUUAUUGCUCCCGCUUAUACGUCCGUCUCCAGAGUCGAUCAUAUUCGUACGCGUGACCAGGCACUUCGUGAUAACCGUGAUGAACGCCGUGACGAUCGACGAGAAUCAAAUCGUGAGGACCGCCGAGAGAAUAACCGCCAAGAUGAUCGUAUCGAUGAGCAUCACGAAGAACGCCGUGGUGAGCGUCGCGAUGACCGUCGCGAUGAACGCCGCGACGAUCGCCGUGAUGAACGGCGCGAUGAACGCCGUGACGAACGCCGCGAUGAACGCCGUGACGAACGUCGUGACGAACGUGAUAAUCGAGAUGAUCGUCGCCAAGCAGGGCAAGACAUCUCAUCUCAGUCUGAAGUUCGAUUCCAAACCCCUUCAGUCUCUUAUCAAUACAGCAACUGAACUACCAUGCCGAAAAACUGCCGCUAACCCAUGUAAUUUCCAUUCCCACCAUGAGAUACUUCGCUUAGAUAAUGUACUACAAAGUGUUACGAUAUUGUUAAAUGUAAAGCAUUGAAACGUUUCAAUAAAGCAAUCAAAGC